CUUUGUUAAUAAACCUUUUUUUUCUUAUGACGAUGAGCAGCCAGUUGGCUUUGCACGAAGUCCUCGAUUUCCGCCGAGUGCAGCGCUUCCAUCAUGAAGGAAGAGCAGCUUCUCCACACCCAGCAGCCAUGCGCAGUAGAACCCCCUGCUAAACCCAAGAAGAAGCGCAUUCGACGUCAGAAACUGGAGCUCGAGUACCUUCGGGGUCUGGUAGGAAAGCUGGAGCAGCAGAUGACGCAGCUCAAGACUAGACAGAGGGAGGACGCGGGUCACACAACCGCUGUCAAUGCUGAGAUGUCAAUCUGGAAGGGCAUUGCGGAGCGACAGCAAACAGAAAGAGCGCGAGCAGAGGAGAAGAACCAGAAACUCAGAGCAUCUCUAGAGGGCCAGCUGAAACUCGCCACCAAGCUGGAGCGGCUGCUGCGCAAGCGUCCGAGGGACGAGGAGGUGGCUGAAUUGGCGGACAACAAGCGCUUCAAACUGCCGACUGUGGCUCCAACGGACGAUGAGAUUUUUGCGGAUCAAUUGGCACACGUGGAACGCGCACAUCUUGACGCGGAUAACAUAUUCGGCGGACUCGAGUUUGCAGAUCGAACAGCAUCAUUCUGCAACUUGCGGGUGACGAGUGACUCGGAAUCGGAUACAGGCGUUGCGUUUGUGACAAAGGCGAGUUCCAUGCUGCCGUUUGAUGUCCAUGUGACGGAAAGGGCCUUCUGGAGAGCAUUCGCGGAGGAAGGACCGAGUAAAAUGAGCUAUUUCCAUGAGGAAAGAGUCGCAACCGAAAACCUGGUGGCUCGUUCGUAUGCACUUGAUUUUAAUGCGGGAUCUUUUCAGUCAAAUGUGCGAGGUAAACAGACGUACCGCAAGUAUGUAGACAACGACAGUGUCAUGAUUGUGUGGAAGUCACUCACCGAACCUGUUGAGAUCAACGGCGUUAAGCUCAGUGGACUGUGGUGUAAUCAGGUGGGAUGGAUUGUCCUUCGAGGAGUUAAUAUCUCACCUGAAGACGCACAAUCCGGUCUCAUUGAUACUUCGAAGACCAUGAUGUCAACAUCGCUGCGGUCAUAUUGUAGGAUGAGGGUGGAAUUGCAAGAUGAUAUUGCUGACCAAGAGCUGCAAGUUGGAGCACUAACAAAUUUCGUGGUGAAUUCUCAUGAUGCCAUUACGGACGUUUGUGGUAAGCUCAUAAAUCAAGUGCUAGUAGAAGAAGAUUGGAAUAUCAACGGUUGGCUGGAUAAUCUAGCGCUGUAGCUCGAUGGACAAUCUCGAAGUCAGAUUUUUGGUAUUCAGCGAUCAGAUUCUCCGAGAUCAUAUCUUAGUCAUCUUGCGAUGAGGAACAAUAAACUUUGUUUACGAAA